AUGGCGAGUAUUAUCAAGAAAGUUUCGAGAAGAGCUUCUCAUGUGAUUGUAUCUGGGAUUCAACCGACAGGUUCCCUUCAUAUUGGAAAUUAUCUUGGUUUUGUGAAAAACUUUGUCAAGCUUCAAGAUGUAAUGGUAUUUUUAUUACACGUACCCUGUUUUAGAGUAAUACAGAGGCUGAGAAGUUCUUAUUUGUUGCCGAUCUGCAUUCCAAUUCAGUAAAACCGAAGCAUGAAAACGUAUGUUUUUUAUUUCUUCAGAUCUACCUUCUUGGUUUAGUUUCGAUAUCAAUGCCGUAAACUUGUGGCUUCUCUUAUAGCAUGUGGGGUGAAUCCUUCUGAUACAUUAUUGUUCUACCAAAGCCAAGUUCCUGAACAUGCAGAAUUGGCCUGGCACUUAGGAUCAGUCGUUACGAUAAAUCGUCUCUCAAAAUUGCCUCAGUUUAGGGAGAAAUCAAAUGAGUAAGACAAACUGAGAUAACGCAGACUCUUAUUGUUUGUGCAGGGAUUUAGAUGGAGUAUCGCCCAAUCUUUUGACUUAUCCAGUACUCCAGGCAGCGGACAUUCUUCUUUACAAAUGCACCAAGAUUCCUGUGGGGGAAGAUCAAGUGAUGCAUGUCAAUCUCACAUUCCACAUAAUUGAGGUUCUCAAGGGAUUGUUCAAAAAGCAAUGUUUUCCCAAACCGGAACUUGUGAGUCACGGCUUUCACUUAUGCUUUCUUUUUGUUUACGAGGUGAUUUAUUCAUUUCAGAUCUUGUCCAGAAGUCCGAGAAUAAAAAGUUUAUCUGAUCCUGCAAAGAAGAUGAGUAAGUCAGAUCCAAAUCAACAUGCCGCUGUGUUCUUGGAUGAUUCAGAGGCCCAAGUUUUGAAGAAAGUUAAAAGGGCCAUGACUGAUAGUACUGGAGAAAAAGUCAGGUACGACCGCGAGAAUCGACCGGGGGUUUGUAAUCUGGUAUGUUUAAGACUGUAAGCAUCAUAAUUUUUGUAGUUGGAGAUUGUUGCCGAAUUAGAAGAGAAGACAGUUGAGGAUGUUGCGCAAGAAUGCUCGGGUCUUGAUUCUCUCGGAUUAAAGUUGAGAUUAGCGGAAUUAAUCAACGAAACUUUCCGGCCGAUCCAACGAAGGAUGAAGGAGAUCGAAGAAGAUGAACAAUAUUUGGACACUGUUCUAGUAAGGAAUGCUGAGAUUGCGAGAGAAACAGCGGUAAACACGCUAAAAGAAUUCAAGGAAAUCAUCGGAUAUGAUCAGCCACAAGUUUAUUUUAAUAAACUUCAAGGUUCCGGGUGA